CCUCUUCCCGUAUCGUCUCCGUCCCCACGCGGCCACGCCUCCACAGGCCGCGUCGUUCCCGCCGGCAUCUCAUUCGCUCGUCUCCGCCGGUCGACGUUACGCCGCGUCGCCACACGCCCCCCCGGCCGCUCCUAUCGCUACCACCUCUCCUCUCCUGAAGCCACCCGGACGCCGGACGCAAUGGAUUUUUCAACCGCAUCUACCUCCUCUCCCCAUGGCGCCGCCGCCCGCGCCGCCUGCUGACUGGACCCCUGAUCUAAGGCCCGUAGCCAGCGUGCCCGUGCCCAUCACCGUUCCGAGCCCGCGGGACCACACUCACCACCACCACCACCUAGUCGAUCGUCGGGACACGCCGCGGGGCCGCGCGUGGGAGCCGGAGCGGAACCGGCGCGGAGAGGCGAUGGACGGUGCUGCAGUGGUCAAGCUGAUGUCCGGCGAGGCUGGGUAUGUCUUAGAAGACGUGCCGCACGUGUCAGACUACCUCCCCGAUCUCCCGACCUACCCAAAUCCAUUACAAGAUAACCCGGCAUACUCCGUUGUGAAGCAAUACUUUGUAAACCCAGACGACACUGUCUGCCAGAAGAUUGUUGUUCACAAGGAUGGCCCCAGAGGGAACCACUUCCGUCGUGCCGGACCUCGCCAAAGGGUAUAUUUUGAACCGGAUGAGGUCCAUGCAUGCAUUGUCACUUGUGGAGGAUUGUGCCCGGGACUUAAUACUGUGAUUAGGGAAAUUGUAUGUGGAUUAUCUGACAUGUAUGGUGUCACCAAGAUACUUGGGAUUCAGGGUGGGUAUAGAGGCUUCUAUGCUCGCAACACCAUCACCUUGACUCCAAAGAUUGUAAAUGACAUUCACAAAAGGGGUGGAACUGUUCUCGGAUCAUCUCGAGGAGGCCAUGACACCGUGAAGAUAGUUGACAGUAUCCAAGAUCGUGGCAUAAAUCAGGUCUAUGUAAUUGGUGGUGACGGUACUCAGAGGGGUGCUGGAGUGAUAUUCGAAGAAGUUAGAAGACGCGGCCUCAAAGUUUCUGUUGCUGGCAUUCCAAAGACUAUUGAUAAUGACAUCCCUGUAAUUGACAAGUCAUUUGGUUUCGACACAGCAGUUGAGGAGGCUCAACGUGCAAUAAAUGCUGCUCAUGUGGAAGCUGUAAGUGCUGAGAAUGGUAUAGGUCUCGUCAAGCUAAUGGGCCGGCACAGUGGUUUUAUCGCACAUUAUGCUACCCUCGCUAGCAGGGACGUGGAUUGCUGCUUGAUCCCAGAAUCACCAUUCUAUCUGGAAGGUGAAGGCGGACUUUUUAGAUAUAUAGAAAGACGUUUGAAGGACAAUGGUCAUAUGGUUAUCGUUGUCGCGGAGGGUGCUGGACAGAAACUUAUCGCUGAAACCAUGCAGUCAAUUGGGAAAGAUGCUUCAGGCAAUCAGCUGCUUCUUGAUGUUGGUCUUUGGUUAUCUCAGAAGAUAAAUGAAUAUUUCAAGAAAAACAAGAUGACCAUUAAUCUGAAGUACAUAGAUCCAACGUACAUGAUACGUGCCAUUCCUAGCAACGCCUCUGAUAAUGUCUACUGCACACUGCUAGCUCACAGUGUGGUCCAUGGAGCCAUGGCUGGAUACACUGGUUUCACCAUCGGUCAAGUGAAUGGUCGGCAUUGCUAUAUCCCCUUCUACAGGAUAACAGAGAAGCAGAACAGGGUCUCGAUAACCGACAGGAUGUGGGCAAGGCUUCUGUCGUCGACCAACCAGCCGAGCUUCCUCUGCAACAAAGUCAUCGAAGAGGCAAAGAAGGAGCAGGAAAGAGCGGCGCAGCUUUUAGAUGGCUCGCCUUCCCAUCGGAAGGUUGACGACGAGGUUGCAGCUUCCAACUUGGGUCGUACCAAGUGAGGUGAACCUUUUUUUCCUGUCCAAAGUUUCAGUAGCUAUGGCGACCGGUGUUGCUGCUGCUCAGUGGUCUGUGCUCCCUGUCCAUUUUUUUUCUAAAAAAAGAACACGUUAUCCCUUUCUAGUUUAAACAGAGUGUUGAAUAAUAUCGUGUGUAUAAUUUGGCUGGCACAUGGCUGACUAUCUGAACAUGCCAUUUUCAGUGCUAUUCAAGUAGAUUCUUUUGUAAAUAUAUGUAGACGCGGAAGUGGAAGAGAAUAAAAUAUCUGAUAUAUUAAAACGUGA